AUGUGGAAGUCUCAAAUUGGCUCAUGCUCGGUGAAGAGUCGACUGUUCUCAACCAGUGUGGCAGUACAUCGACAAAACCGAAUUCCAGCCUCAUACUAUCGAGGCGGAACUUCGAGAGGCCUGAUCUUCCAGCAGAAAGACCUGCCUGCGUCUCGAGAUGACUGGAAGUCCAUCUUCCUCGGCACCAUGGGCUCUCCAGACCCAAAUGGCCGACAGCUAGACGGGCUAGGAGGCGGCAUAUCCAGUCUAUCAAAAAUCUGCGUCGUGUCUCCAGCCUCAGACCAGUCUCGAGCACAGGGGGCACAGGUGGACUUUACCUUUGUUCAAGUAGGCAUCAAAUCAACGGACAUCGAUUACUCAGGGAACUGCGGGAAUCUAACCAGUGCCGUUGGACCGUUUGCUAUCGACUCGGGACUGGUCAGCCUGAGCAGGGAAGAUGUAAAAGCAGACAAGACGGCCACUGUUCGCAUAUACAAUACGAAUACCCAGAAGAUAAUCGACUCUACGUUUCCGAUUUCAAUCUCACCUGAUGGUACCGUCGAGGCUGAAGCCAGCGGCGACUUCACAAUCGACGGUGUCGCUGGAUCCUCGUCAAGAAUCAAACUCGACUUUAUCAACCCGUCCGGCGCUAAAACGGGAAAACUACUACCCACAGGGGCACCGAUGGAUACCUUUGAUGGUGUACGAGCAACGUGCAUCGACGUGGGGAAUCCCAUGAUAUUCAUACCUGCUUCUGACCUACCUGUCGACGGCAAGAUAUCUCCCGACCAGAUAUCUUCCACACCUGGUUUGCUUGAGCGCUUAGAGCGUAUCAGAACCCAGGCCGCGAUCAAGAUGGGCAUGGCAAAGACGGCAGACGAUGUGCCUGCGUCUAUACCAAAAGUGAAUAUCAUCUCCACGCCUGACGAAGAGGGUGUGGAUAUCACCGUCAGAACCAUCUCGGUAGGCCAACCGCACAAGGCUCUUCCCAUCACUGCCGGGCUCAGUCUUGCUGUAGCCACAAAGUUGGAAGGAUCGGUUGUUAAGCAGUUUGUAUCGAGGGAAAGUAAGGCGGCGAGUGAUGCCGUUGUUAUUGGCCACCCUGGGGGAACGUUAGCCGUGGGUGCAGAGUUCAAGGAUAGUGAUAGUCGAGUCGUUGAUAGAGCGACGGUGUAUAGAUCUGCUAGGCGGCUGAUGGAUGGUCUUGUAUACUGGAAGUGA